AACGAGAAAUGCAAUGAAUGGUACAGUUACCUUCCGUGACACCCUGAAAGCUCGUCUUGGCAUCAUUAAACCAAGUAAGCAGCAUCUUAUGGACUUUAUUGAGGCACAUCCCCCGAGCCUGACAAAUGGAAUAAGAGAGUUGGUGAAGACACUUCAGUCUAGAGGAACAAAGGUGUACCUGGUUACUGGCGGAUUCCUAAGCAUUGUUUCAGAGGUUGCUAAGGAACUUGGUAUACCAACAGAAAACAUCUUUGCUAAUAAACUCAAAUUUUAUUUCAAUGGAGAUUUUGCUGGAUUCGACGAAGACCAACCAACUUCAGCAUCUGGUGGAAAACCAAAAGUGGUGCAAAUGUUGAAGAAGAAGUAUGGAUACAAGAAUCUAGUGAUGGUAGGUGACGGAUCAACAGACAUGGAAGCAUGCCCUCCUGCGGACGCAUUUAUAGGAUUUGGUGGUAACCAGGUGCGACCCAAAGUACAGGAGAAUGCUAAGUGGUUUGCUACAAACUUCCAAGAGCUCAUCAGUGUUCUUAAGGAAUAAAUGAUCUCUGUUCAAAUGCUAAAUAACGAAAGAAGCAAUUUGAUUGGUCAGAUAUUUGUCUUGGACCCCACUGGAAAUAUGAGUGUUUUACUUUCAUGUCAGAUUUGUGUGUGCUGCUUUUGCAACUAAUAAACUAGAUGAAAUAAGAGGGGGGGGGGGCAAAGAACAAGGGAUACAGGUCAGGGGUCAAUUAACGGUGUUAAUGAUGAGUGCUGAGAUUGUUAUGUCUAUUUUAAGACAUGGCGUAAACUCACGCAAAUCAAUUGUUCUAUGCUGCAAGUAGUCAAUGUUUUGAAGAUUCUACUAAAUUUAAAAAAAUGUAUGUUAUAGGAAUUUUUAACAUAAGUUAAAAAAAGUUACUUGUAUAAAACUAAACUACAGUAUAGUGGUGAUGAAAAUGAUAAUUUCUGAUGAUUAUGACAAUGAUAAUUGCUGAUGA